AUGCAAGCUAGACAACCCAGACACCAGGUAAGACAGACCAGACAUCAGGUAAGACAGUCCAGACAUCAGGCAAGACAGUCCAGACAUCAGGUAAGACAGUCAAGACAUCAUGUAAGACAGUCCAGACAUCAGACCAGACAUCAGGUAAGACAGAGCAGACAUCAGAUAAGACAGUCAAGACAAAGACAUUCCAGACAUCAGUUAAGAGAGUGA